AGACAAGUGGAUGAAAGGUGCUGACUGCUCAUGAAAUCGAGUAUUUUCUUUCAGGCUAGGAUUCUCGACUUCUUGGGAAGGACAUGAGUCCUGGAACGUAGAAGUGAUGACGAAGAUGGGUGCCACGGAAGAGAUCUCCGCGAUUGCUUCGUCCUCUGCUUCUUUCUCAGCGGCGCCUCAAGACACAUACACCCCUACAUCAAACGAAGAGAAGGAGCACUCACUGCCUACCUACAACACCACCACCAAUCCCGUACAAAGGGAUCACAAUGGCUCCUUCGCUUCGCACUGGCGCACCGCCUGGUCCGAACUCAAACACACUCUCACGACCCGUGAUGGUCUGAUCGGUUCCUACGACUAUGCCUACCUCUUCACUCCAAACAUCUAUCCCUUCAACAAAAAGUACCGAAACCACAUCCCACCAUUCUUCUACCCCGACGACCGAAUUCCUCUACUUCUGAUUCUCAUCCUCGGAAUCCAGCAUGCUCUUACCAUGAUUUCCGGCAUUGUCACACCAAUUCUGGCGAUAUCACGCGGAGCCUUCUACCUCUCUACCCAAGACACCGAGAGUCUGAUUUCUGCCGGGUUCAUCACGAGCGGAAUAGCUACUCUGCUGCAGAUUACGAGGUGUAGGAUUCGAGGAACACCAUAUUACAUUGGGUGUGGAGUGCUCUCCGUGGUUGGCCCAACUUUUGAUAUAAUACCAAUUGCUCUGAAGUAUGGCAGCGAUUUAUAUUCCCGCGGAAUGUGCCCGCUUCAAGAGAUUGAUGGCACAAUGACACGACUACCUUGCCCGGACGGAUAUGGAGCUCUGAUUGGCACGUGUUUGGUCUGCGUCUGGAUGCAAUUCUUAGUCUCGCUGAUACCGGCGAAGACGCUGAAGAGGAUAUUCCCGCCAACGGUCACGGGAUUGUUGCUGCUCGUGCUGGGGGCUUAUCUUGUGACCACCGCCGGGGAGAGUUGGGGUGGCGGAGCAAGUUGUCUGGAUGGACAGGGAGUGAACGCUUUGUGUCCUAACAUUAAUGCUCCGAGGCCACUACCAUGGGGCGACCCAAAGUUCAUCGGUAUCGGUUUCUCCGUCUUCGUUACGAUUCUUCUCGUCGAAAUGAUCGGCUCUCCAUUGAUGAAAAGCGCCAGCAUCAUCUUCGGCCUUGCAGUCGGCAGUGCGAUCUCCGGGGCCACGGGUUUCUGGUCUGAUACUCAAAUUCAGCAAGCUCCCACUGUGACAUUUCUCUGGGUACGAACCUUCAAGCUGAGUGUCGAUGGCACCCUGGUCUUGCCAUUGAUGAUUCUGUUCAUUUGUGAGGCCAUGGUGUGUAUGCCUUCUAUCGCGGCGACUUCUGAAGCAAGCGGUAUCGAAACCGAGGGCGAGAAGGCGAAUACGAGGAUCCAGGGUGGGAUUCUGUGUGAUGCUAUUGGGAGUUUGAUUGCGGGCUUGGGAAUGACUAUACCGAUGGUUAGCCAUGCUGGUAAUAACGGGGUGAUUGUGGUGACAAGUAAUGCGGUAAGUCGCUUCUCAAGAUCUGUCUGUUGUGGAGAAUGAGCUGAUUCGUUUUGUAGAGCCGCCGAGCUGGCUAUUGCGCCAGUGUAAUCACAGUGUUGAUGGGAGUGUUCGGGAAAUUUGGCGCGGUAUUUGCAUCAAUGCCUAGCACUGUGUUGGGUGGUAUGCAGACCUUCCUCUACGCUACCAUCGCCAUCUCUGGUAUGCGAAUCUUAGCGACGAUUUCGUGGACCCGGCGGAACCGCUUCAUCCUCUCAGCUGCUUUUGGUCUGGGUUUACUCGACAUCGUGGUACCAGAAUGGUUUUCGCAGGUGCUAGAAUACGAUGGCAGCAAUGUGCAUUUGAUGGGCUUCCUGCAAGGCGUCAACUUGAUAGUAGAAACUCCCUUCAUCUUGAGCAUGAUUGUGGGCGUUCUGCUGAACACUAUUAUGCCUCGAGACCGGAGAGAAGACCAUCGAGCGCAUACACCCUUCUCUGAAGAGUUGUCCAGGUCAGCACACACGAGUACGAAGCGGGAUGCAUGAUAGACCUGGUUGAGUCGUCGCAUCGAUAUGCACUCUACGUAAUCAAUGUUGAGACUGUCAGUCCCUGCUUCUGAG